AUGCCAUCUUAUGCUAGAUUCAUGAAAGAGCUUCUGACAAAGAAGAGAAAACUUAGUGAGGAUGAAACAGUGGAAUUAGAGUCAGGUUGCAGUGCUAUAAUUCAAAGAUCACUUCUGCAAAAAUCUAGAGACCCAGGGAAUUUGACCUUGCCAGUCACCAUUAGCAAUCUCUCUGUGGGGAAGGCAUUGUUGGAUUUAGGGGCUAGCAUCAAUCUUAUGCCCUUAUCUAUGUUACAGAAGAUAAGAGAUGUGGAGGUGAGACCUACUAGGAUGACUCUGCAGCUGGCAGACAGAUCGGUAAAAUAUCCUCAUGGUAUUGUUGAAGAUCUAUUGGUUAAGGUGGAUAAAUUUUUGGUUCCAGUUGAUUUUGUUGUCAUGGACAUGGAAGAGGAUUCGGAGAUUCCUCUCAUUUUGGGUCAGCCAUUCAUGAAGACAGCUAAGGUCAUUAUAGAGAUGUUGAUGAUGGAAAACUCAAGGUUAGGGUGCAACAUGAUGAGGUGA